GGCACAGCUGCACGGCUGCUCCCUGGCCGGCCGCACUAUCACGGUGACACAGCUGGCUGCCUCGCCGCAGGCUGCAGGCGACCUCCCCCACCGGCGCCUCCCCAGGCCCGCCCUGCAUCACAUGAGCCCCUGCGGCCGCCCGCCCCUUCCCCAGGCGGCUGCAAGAAGGCCUGAAGCAGUCUGGGGGACAGAGACCUCCAGUUCAGAGGAGCCCAGGCUGACUGAGGCCUGCAUCUUUCUCUCGAGGGCCCACGAGGUUGAGAAGGGCAUUGAGCGUGAGGCUCACCAGGCUCCAUACCGCUGCCCACCACAGGGCUGCCCACCUCCCACCUCAGCAGGAUUCAGAUUCCUGAACCCACCCUCUGGCUCCAUGUCCCGGGCGUCCCCCGUGCUGGACAGUGGGCCCUCGGCAUCCACCAGCUGUUCAACACCCCGGGGUCCCAGGAAGGGCGGUCCAGCAGACAGAAAGGAGAAGGCCACCGCGAUGCCCGACUCCCCAGCUGAGGUGAAGACGCAGCCCCGGGCCACGCCCCCCAGCAUGCCACCCCCACCGCCUGCCGCAUCCCAGGGGGCCACACGACACCCCUCCUUCACACCCCACACAAAUCGAGAGGACGGGCCUGCGAUGUCUCUGCCCCAUGGCCGUUUUCAUGGCUGCUUAAAAUGGUCUAUGGUCUGUCUCUUGAUGAACGGCAGCAGCCACUCGCCCACGGCCAUCGGCGGCGCCCCGUCCACGCCCAACGGCUUCAGCAAUGGCCCGGCCACCUCGUGCACGGCCGCACUAUCUACACAGCAGCUGCCCCCAGCCUGUGGGGCCCGGCAGCUCAGCAAGCUCAAGCGCUUCCUGGCCACCCUGCAGCAGUUCGGCAGCGACAUCUCCCCAGAGAUCGGGGAGCGUGUGCGCACGCUGGUGCUGGGGCUCGUGAACUCCACGCUGACCAUUGAGGAGUUUCACUCCAAGCUCCAGGAGGCCACCAACUUCCCACUGCGGCCAUUUGUCAUCCCUUUCCUGAAGGCUAACCUGCCCCUGCUGCAGCGGGAGCUCCUGCACUGUGCCCGCCUGGCCAAGCAGAGCCCUGCACAGUACCUGGCCCAGCAUGAGCAAGCCCUGCUGGAUGCUGACGCCUCUUCCCCUGUCGACUCCUCGGAGCUCCUGCUGGAGGUUAACGACAACGGCAAGAGGAGGACCCCCGACAGGACCAAAGAGAAUGGGUCAGACCGGGACCCACUGCACCCGGACCACCUCAGCAAACGGCCAUGCACCCUGAGCCCCGCCCAGCGCUACAGCCCCAGCAACGGGCUGCCCCACCCGCCGCCGCCCCCACACUACCGCCUGGAGGACAUGGCCAUGGCCCACCACUUCCGGGACUCCUACCGCCACCUUGACCCCCGGGAGCUGCGGGAGCGCCAUCGGCAGCUGGCAAUGCACGGAUCCCGGCCUGAGGAAGUGAUUGACCACAGGCUCACGGAGCGCGAGUGGGCGGAAGAGUGGAAGCACCUCAAUAACCUCCUAAACUGCAUUAUGGACAUGGCCGAGAAGACGCGGCGGUCGCUGACCGUGCUGCGCCGCUGCCAGGAGGCUGACCGUGAGGAGCUCAACCACUGGAUCCGGCGCUGCAGCGACGCGGCAGAGGACAGCAAGAAGGGCCCUGGGCCGACCGCCCGGCCCCUCAGCAGCUCCACAGGCACAGAGGGUGCUCAGCUAGACAUCCACCGGGAGUUCAUGCCUCGGACCCUGUCUGGCUACAUGCCCGAGGAGAUCUGGAGAAAGGCGGAGGAGGCGGUGAACGAGGUGAAGCGGCAGGCAAUGUCAGAGCUGCAGAAAGCCGUGUCUGAUGCUGAGCGCAAGGCCCAUGAGCUCAUCAGCACAGAGCGGGCCAAGAUGGAGCGGGCCCUGGCCGAGGCGCGGCGGCAGGCCUCCGAGGACGCCCUCACCGUGGUCAACCAGCAGGAGGACUCCAGUGAGAGCUGCUGGAAUUGUGGGCGCAAGGCCAGCGAGACAUGCAGCGGUUGCAACGCAGCCCGCUACUGCGGCUCCUUCUGCCAGCACAAGGACUGGGAGAAGCACCACCAUGUGUGCGGACAGAGCCUGCAGGGCCCCGCGGCUGCUGUAGCCGAGCCUGUGCCCGGACAGUCCGACACUGCCACAGGCCUGGGCCCCUGCCUGCCCCCGGCCGCUGCCAGCCCCAGCGAGGCGGGCUCCACUGGGCCUUCCCGCCCUGGCUCUCCUGGUCCACCCGGCCCCCUGGACGCAGCGCCCCGCUGACCCGCCAGGACCUGAUGCCCAUCGAACUGCCCAGCCCCGCCCGGCCCGCAGGACGCGCACCCAGCCCUGGGAGCCGACCAUGGGAGUCACCGCUGCUACUGCUUCUCUCCAAAAGAAAACAGAACCAACAAGACUGCAUCCACACGACUUCCUCAGCUACCUGACGAUCACACCUCGACCUCUUCCGAAUCCUCAGAAACCACCCGCUGAACUUGAGGCGGCGGGCGGACGCCGGCCAGAGGUGACCGGCUCGUCCACACCCACCUCUCCCCCCUGUCUUGCUCUCUGUCUUGUUUUUCUCUCUUUAUGACUUUCACAUACUUUCUCUUCAAUGAAAAAAUAGAAUUGUUUGGUGGCUUAUAUUUUCACUGAAGAAUUUUGGGGGACUUUGUAGCAAGAGAGCUACUCAGAAAUGGACAAAGAAAACUGAGGUUUUCUCCCCUUGCCUGAUUCAAAAGGCAAAAGGAAAACUGUUCUUUCAUAGCCGGAGAUCCAAGCCGCCAGUUCACGGAAACCGCCCUAGGGGUGUGUGGCCAAUGCGGUGAGGCUGGUGAGAAAGAUGUCAGACUCAAGUCGUAAUUUUUCAUUUCAGAAUUUUUUCUCCUUUAAUGUCAAAUUCUUUGGCUUUAAGUAGAAAUCCAAAAAGUUUUUUUAAAAAAAGAAAAAAAAAAGGUAAAGGAAGCAUGCUGCAGUCCAUGGGGUCGCAAAGAGUCGGACACGACUGAGCGACGGAAAUGAACUGAACUGAAAGGAAGCAUACCUGUAAACUACCUUGCCAGCUAGCUAGCCAAGGACGCCGGACACACCUCUGCUCCAAAGGAAAUCCAAAAAACAUACACAAGAAGUCAAAAUCCAAAAUUUUGUUGUCACUGCCAAAGGAUGUUUUUCACUGUUUUCCUCCACGCCUGGGCUUGUUCCAAUGUCCGUCUUUUCUCUUGCUUUGAUUCUGUUUGGGGGGCGAUGGGGUAUUGGGGUUUGGAGUGUUUUGUCCAACAGGAAGCAACUUCUUUCUUUUCAACUCCAUGGCAGCGCCUCCACUGGGGCCGGGUGGGGUGGGCAGUGAGGCCCUCGGCACCCACACGUGUGUGCAAGUGUGUGUGUGCAUGUGCGCUGGGACACACCCAGCAUGCAUCUGCACACGCGCAGGAAGGGUAUCUUGUCCAUCCUCACACCCUCUGUGAAUUUCCAUCACAUUUCAUCCUUUCCACUUGUGAAAAAAGUGCUAAUGUGUCCUUCCGAGAGAGAAUAUAAUUCCGAGACAAAACUGUGACAAUCUUUCGGGUUGAUUCUCGACUGCUUUUCCGAGCACGAGGAGACAGCCACCACGCCUUCCACUGCUGCUUCUCCUCGUCCUCCUCUACCUCUGCCGCCCGCUACACGAGCCUGCCGCCCAGCUCGUCUCUCCGUCCCAGCCCCUGUGUUUCCUGCAGCCCCUCUCCUGUCGUCACACUUUUGCAGAAAAAGGAAAAAAAAAAAAACCCACAAAGAAAAGCAAUUUGCCCUCCCUGCACCUUCUAGAGACUUGACCAGCUGUAUAUAACCCUGCAUUUUUGUCCAGCUCUUCCUCAGGGGAUGGUCUCUCUGAAGUCCCCGCCCCACGCCUCACCCUGACCCCCAUCCCACUCGCUCCCCCAGCGAUCUCAAGGAGGAAAUAAAGGAAUAAGGAAAUUCUGAUCUGUACUCAGUGGGAGAACAAACAGCAGACACAGUCUCUGAUCGGGGUUUUACUGCAUGGCUGUAAGAAGUUCCAGGACUGGAGUGCAAUAGUGACCAGCUACUGAAACCGAGAGCCCAGGGGCCUGCCGAGAGGCAAGAAGUCAAUGGUAUAUGAUAAUGUGAAUGUAUAUAGUCCUUGCAGAGGUCCAAAUGAUGAUAUUCAUGAUGAUGAUAAUAAAGAAGAGAUGUUUGCCAAAUAAAAAAUUAAGAGAAACCAUGGAGGUAUGUAAAGCAUAGGAACUAGGUUUUCAGAGAAAUCCGAACUGUGGUCCUCCAGGCAGCAAUGUGUGUGUUGAUCACUGUUACUUUCCAGAGUUGUGAGAACUCAUCCUUUGAGUACUGAGAGGAAGGACUCCUUCCAGUCGCCACAGACGAGGUGCUGUUCAAACCCCACCUGGCAGGAGUCCUAACUCUGACUGCCCAGCUAGACCUCUCACCCUCCAGAAAGCCUGUGGGCUACGCAGGGCUGCCAGCCUCUCAGAGGCUCACUUCUGUGGGUUUCAGAAGAGCAGGGGCCACGUGGGAUUCAGGCUUUCGUGAGGCAUCUGUCACACGUGCAGUAUGCUCUCUUACAAGCGCUGAACCUGUUGGAAUGGCAGUUUUGCACAUGCUAUGAUGUAGGCCCACCUCCCCUUGGCCUCUGUUCCUAUGAGGUUGCUGGUAGGCGGGCGCGGGUGGUGCCCAGGGCAGCCUGGGGUCUGGGGUGGGGGGAGUGGUUCAAGGCCCUGAUGUCAGGACUACUGCAGCCCCGCGGGUGGGCUUGGCUGGCCUCUGCUCCUCUUCAAGGACAGGCGGGCACACCAGGGGUGGUAGCAUAUUGGCCAGCUGGUGGCAUCAGUCCAGACCAGCCUGCAGGGCCAGACCACAGGCUGAGGGUCUGAGGUGGGGCAGUCCCUCCCACCCCAGUUGUUGGGAAGAGGUCGCUGCAAGCCCCCUGGGAAAAGCUAUCUUCCUGGUGUGACCCUCCACACCUGUAUCUCAUACACCAAGACCUGCCACUGGCUGGGCCUGCAGAAGCCUCACGUGAGGGGCCGGCCACAGACCGACAGACAGAGCCCCUGCCGGCAGAGAGUGUCCACAGGGUCAGAGGGUGGUGGCCGGGUGGGCAGCACAGUCGAAGGCUGAGGCCCAGAGUGGGAGGGAGGGGGCGUUCCCGUGGGCGCCGUGUCAGCAGAUCCCAAAGGUGCGGGCCGGGUCACACGAAGCAGGCCUCCUCCGUGCCCUGGGAGCCUGUUUCUGUUAGUCACUGCAUUCAGGCCCUGCUUGAAGAGGCAAACUCAGAAUGAGUAGCCCUGGGAGCCUGUUUCUGUUAGUCACUGCAUUCAGGCCCUGCUUGAAGAGGCAAACUCAGAAUGAGUAGCCCUGGUGGGAAGGGGACUGGGGGUCCGUGUUUUCCCGCAGUUUGCAUCUGCGGCAGCUGCCUUUCUUAAGCAAAGAGGACGUCUGGACAGAAGGGGUCCCGCCUCUUCUCUCUGCCCUGAGGCUGUCCUGCCCCUGGGCUCUCUGUCGGUUGGUGCAUGUGUGGGGAUCCCCUCCCAGGAGGCCCAGGUUCGACACGCUGGUGACCCCAAAGCUCUGUUAGAUGUGGCUGCUGGCAGAGCCUCCCUCCCUGCAAGUCAGGCUGAAACAGCAGCUUUACCCCCAUUCUGAGGCCAAAGUAAGGAUAGGAGGGCAGAGAGAGGUGGGCGGCAGCCACAGCUGCCAGCCCACCAGGCCACACCAGGGAGGAUGGAAAGACCAGGGUGGCAGAUGCUGGCCGGGGCCCCCUGACUCUGUGGAAAGCCCCUGGUGUGAGGCCCUUUGACCUUGCCCACCCACUGUGCUCUCUGGCUGUUCUCCUAGGAUGUGUCACUGUCCCCACCUAGUGUCUGGGGGUAUUCUGUUGGCAAAAACCAGUGCCCCCCAUUCCCUGUGUGGACAGGCUGGCACAUCCCAGACCCUGUCAGAAUUAGGAGGCUUCCUAUCCCUAUGGCCCACCAGGACCAAAGGAAAGCCUUGGGUACUACAGGGCAGAGAGAGCUGGAGAAAGCCUCAGGGCCAGGAGGGUAUGGGCUGUAGGACGGAGGAGCCGGCCUUCUGGGAAGGGGCCAGGAGAGGGGCCUUCCUCCUGGUUUCAUCCCAGUGACACUGUGGAGCGAGGUCAGGACCGGCCCUGACUCCCUCCUGUUUGCCGGUUCUUCCAAAUACAUCCUCAAAAGGACACCAGAGUCCACCCACCUUGCCUGACCCAGUUCUAUAGCACAUGUGUCUGCCCAUUGUUUUGCCCAUCUCUUCAGGCUAUCUGUAAAUUAUCUAUUGAUUCUUUUAUCAGUUCAUCCUUCUGACCAAUCUGGUCACCUCUCUGGCCAUCCAGUCUCUCACUCAUCCGUCCAUCCAUCUGUCCGUCUGUCCAUUACUCUUUGUCACCUGGUCCCCCAUUCAUCCUUCCACCAUCCGCCCGUCUGCAUGCCAUGCAUGUGUCUCCAUCUAACCCACACAACCAUGCCUCAGCCCAUCCCCAGCCAGGACCCAGUGUAGCACCAACACCCUCAGUGACCCAAAGCCACCUUGGCCAUCCCCUCCCAGUGCCCCUCCCAUGAAUCCAGGCCUGUUCCAGGGACAGACCAGGUUCCGCUACAGGCAUUGUAGGCAGAUUGGACCGACACUGUAGCAACAGCUCUGGCCAGUCUGAGCCCGCCUGGCAAGUGUGGUGGCCUUGGACCAGGAGAGGUGCUGGAGGCAGCCCACACAGCUGCUCAGGGGCCCUGUGACCAGGGCCAUCCAUCAGGGAGGCACAUUCCCUGGCAAGACUUGGACACCACUGAGGGUGGAUUGAGGGGGUCGGGCGCGAUGCCUGCUGCUUUCCUUGUCACCAGGGGUCACUGCCCAGAGGUGUUCCCAGGAAGGGAGGGAGACAGAGCCCCAAGCUGGCUGGCACCAGACACCAGGGCUCCCAGAGCCCCUUCUCCGGGUACUCAUUGUUGGCUCUACCUUCCCUCCUCGCCUGUCUUCCAUCUGGGGGUCCCAGAGCUGGGAGUGAGCCCCUCAGAGCUGGAGAGCAGAGAAGGAGCCCCACCCAGGCUGAUGAGGCCGGCAUUCCCAGGACCCUGGAGGCCUAGUGCAGCCCCCACCUCAUCUUUCCCUGGCCCCUGCGGCCACACAACUGCCUCCAGGCCCCCACGGCCCACAGGUAUCUUCCAGUCCCCCCUCCCCCCACCAGAUUUGUCCUGCUGGCCCAGGAGGAGGCGGCGGAGUUGAGGGGCCUGGACAGCCCACACGGAGGAGGGCUGGGGAGCCGAGUGUCUGGAGCAACCCAUAUGGUCCGAAGUGUUCAGAAAACUCUGUCUGCCUGCUUCCUGUUCUUUUCAUUUCAAUUAAGUCAGCCCCUGGGGCACCUCACCAGAGACCCCCUACAGCAGUUACACAACAUAGCGGGCUCAAUGGGAGCCCGACCUUAAACGUCUGAAUGUAGGGCUAGGGGCCCAACCAGGCCGGCCUCUGUGGGUGAGGGGCUCGGGCAGUGGGAGCCAGGCCUGGCACAGCCACACACAGCUUGGUGGGGACAGACUGACUGUCCACGUCCUCUUCUUUUUAUCUCACGCUAUGUUUUAAUUCUCCCAAAAGAGCCAGGCCGUCUUCCUCCGUGCUGGGCGGGGUCCUGGCAGCCACCCUCCCACACCCCCCAUCUCUCUGUUCGAGGCCCCGUGGGUUCUGUGUCAUGGAAUAAAGCCGCCG